AUGGGCUAUCUAAAGGAAAAAGUCAUUUACGACAUGGUCAGCGACACGGCUACCAAGCCUACAGACGAAAUGUUUGAAAUCAUGAAACAAGCUACUCGAGAAGACGAUGUCUAUCAUGAAGACGACAGUGUCAUCGCCCUGGAACGCUAUGUCAGUGAACUGACAGGUCAUGAAGAUGGUCUGUUCUGCGCAUCUGGUACUAUGACCAAUCAAUUGUGCCUUCGAGCACACUUGACCCAACCUCCUCAUUCCGUACUCUUGGAUGCUCGCUCGCAUGUCUACAUUCAUGAAUGUGGCGGUCUUGCUUAUCAUUCUCAGGCCAACGUUACCCCCGUGCAUGCCAAGAAUGGUCUCUACAUGACAGCUGAAGAAGUAUCCGACAAUAUAUUGGGAGAGGAUAUCCAUAACUCCCCCACUCGUGUCAUCUCCAUCGAAAACACACUCAACGGUCUGAUUAUGCCUAUUGACGAAAUUGCAAAAAUUAGUGUCCUGGCUCGAAGCCGCGGUAUCAAAAUGCAUGUAGACGGAGCUAGACUUUGGAAUGCGUCCCAGGAAACCGGAGUCUCUCUCAAGGAAUAUGGACAGCACUUUGAUUCCAUGUCUCUUUGUUUGUCAAAGGGCAUUGGUGCUCCUAUUGGCUCCAUUUUGGUGGGCUCGCGCGCUUUUGUCGCCAAGUGCCGUCAUUUGCGUAAACUGUUCGGUGGUGGUUGGCGUCAGGCGGGUUCUCUCGCCGCCGUUGCUCACUGGUGCAUUGAGAACAUCAUGCCAUCCAUGCCCCAUACCCACCAACAGGCAAAGCGUUUGGCCAUGUCGUUGGAGUCCUUUGGUUGCUCUCUUGUCUAUCCUUGCAUGACCAACCAGAUCUGGCUCGAUACCACCGCAACCGGUGUGUCCACCAAGCUACUCAGUGAAGCAUUGGCUGUACACGGCAUCAAAAUUUCCGCUGGAAAUGGUUGUACCUCUCGUAUUGUUCUUCACCAUCAAAUCACAGACGAGGCCAUUGACCAGUUCAUCACCACCGCUGCUGCCUUAUUUAAAAAAUACGAGGGCUCCAGGCCUCUGGCUAUCACCGGCUCGUUCAACAUCACAGCCUAUGCCACUCCUGCUAAAUAG